UCUGACGCAGUGCAUCCCGUCGCUCAGCAUCUCUCAGUGCGCUCAGCAUCCCACAUCGGCCUGGACCAGAGACGAGCGGUCACAACAUGUACUGUAGAAGUGGAGCCAUGAUGCGUACAAAUUAUAUCAUCUAAACGAGAGACCGUCGACAUAAAUUAUUUAUCCCACUGCUGUUUUUCGGAUCGCAUCGCAGCGCGCCCAACCCUCAAAAUGGCUGAGAUCACUGAAAUAGGAGCAGUAUACGAUAUGUCCCCAGUGCUGGCAGGGUUUAUCGGUGCUGGCGUAUUGGUUGUCGCUGUCGUAGCAUUAAUCUUCAUCUGGACUUGCUGUCAGAAACAUUAUAACAGGAGAAGCUACAAGCUCCAUGGCAUCCACUCAGAACACAGUGACCCUCUCACAGACCCUCCGUACAAGUUCAUUCACAUGCUGAAAGGAAUGAGUAUCUACCCCGAUACACUGACCAGCAGCAAGAGGAUCGUACGGGUGGCACGUCAGGCCAAAUCUCGCCUUACCGACGGGACUCAAGUUAACGCAGCAGAGGGUGGUCUGCUGGGAGAGAAACAAAUGGAGAUGAGGCUCGGGGAAAGUAGCCACGAGGUGCCCAGGCUGGAGCGAGAGCUUCCUGUGCAUGCCGAUUACUGCUGUCUGGAGAGCAGCUCUGCAAGCAGCAGUCAGACCUCCAGUACAACUGUUUCGAGCACGGCCACACCCUUUACCCCUGCUGACGAGCCAAGCCGUGGGGAUCUCAGCAUUGCCAUCGACUAUAACUUCCCCAAGAAGGCCUUAGUGGUCACCAUCCUUGAGGCUCGAGGGUUGUCAGCAGUGGAGGGGCAGGCGGGCAGUGCUGACCCCUACAUGAAGAUGACCAUUCUGCCAGAGAAAAAACAUCGCGUAAAGACUCGUGUCCUGAGGAAGACGCUGGAGCCUGUGUUUAAUGAGACCUUCACAUUUUAUGGUGUGCCAUACAGCUCACUGUCCGAUCUUGUUUUGCACUUCCUGGUGCUGAGUUUUGAUCGAUUCUCACGAGACGACGUGAUCGGGGAGGCGAUGGUUCCACUGGCAGGCGUGGACCCGAGUACAGGCCGAGUCCAUAUCACUCAACAGAUCACUAAGAGGAACAUGCAGUGUGUGAGCCGUGGAGAGCUGCUGGUCUCUCUGUCGUAUCAACCAGUCUCUCACAGACUCAGCGUGGUGGUGUUGAAAGCAAAACAACUUCCAAAACUGGACAUCACUGGCCUGUCUGGCAACCCUUACGUGAAGUUAAACGUGUUCUGUGGCCACAAGCGCAUUGCCAAGAAGAAAACGCAUGUGAAGAAGUGUACACUCAACCCUGUCUUUAACGAAUCCUUCAUCUACGAUGUACCGGCUGAGUUGCUGCCAGACAUCUCCAUUGAGUUCCUGGUCAUGGACUUUGAUCGCACCACUAAAAACCAGGCCUUGGGACGCCUGAUGCUCGGCUCCAACAGCCCCUGCCCCUCGGGUGCUGCUCACUGGCAGGAAGUCUGCCAAAACCCACGACGCCAAAUCCCAAAGUGGCACACGCUCAGUGAAUGUUAGAGCUUCACUGCACAUUCCACACACACCUCAACACGGGCACAGUGAAACCUAACAGGAGUUAGAGUUAUGAAAAAGAUGCCUUUGUUACCAUCUCUGAAGUAGAAGGUAAAUGAACUUCAGGAGGACUUUUACAUCAUUGCUGUUGUGAUGAUGGGCCUUGGAAAUAAAUCUUUUUAAACACAACUACUGUAUAAGUAAUGCCAUUUAACACCAGUACACACUAGCAACACCGCCAGUUGUACAAUUUAGAACACAAACAUACUUGAUAAAUGUUAAUGAUAAUGAGACCAGAAUAUAAUAUAACAUGUUCACAGACUGUUAGGCAUUUAUUCUGAGUUUAUUCCAAGGUUUGGCUCUAAUUAAAUUGUAUAAGAUGUCUGAGUCAACAGACCUCUCCAUGCACUGGCUUUUGCUGCCCUUAUCGCAUGUCUGAACAACGCUCCAUAUUUUACACCAAGGCCAACACAGAACAGGACAUGGUGUGAACUAUGGAUUUGUGACAUUGGCACACAUUAAAAUGAGCUGCAUCUGUGUGUGUGCCAUGUCUUCUAACAGCUGCACAACACUUUUUUGGUAUUGCGGGGUCUGAUUUUUCAAGUUUUCCCUUGCAUCCAAAGGAGCUUGUGAUGGCCAGCUUAUCAUAUGUACUGAUUCUCCACUGUAUCACCAAUGCACUAAGGUGACAGAGGUAGUAUGAUCUUCAAGGACGAUUUGUUCUGUUCUGCUUAGACUGUCUAGAUGUUUCAAAGAUUCGUGCUGUGUCACAUUCUCCACAGCUACAAGUUAAGUCAUGUGAUUGUACAACAAACCUUUAGCAGCACUCAGGAUCUGAUUUAUUGCUUGUGCAACAAUUUCAGCAUGCACUAUGUGGAUAAAUCUGGCCCUGAAAAUAUUAAUCUGCACUGCUAUGCUAUAAACACACUCUAAAUGUCAAUGUCUGUAUGAAGUCCUGCAAUUUCAUACAUCAGAGCUUCACUUCACAGCUGUUUUAUAGAUUUCUCUAUCCAAUGUCAUCACAUGCUCUUUUUGAGGUGGAUUGGAUCCACUGUCUUUUUAAAUCCUGUGUGAUAUAGAGAUAUCAAAGAGGGGUGUACAGUUUAAAAGUGGGAAACUUUUAGCAUGUUAAAGGACGUUCUGAUCCUUGUGGUGUGAUGUGUUUGAGAAAUGGAAGGGAAGGAUUCAUUUUAUUUGUAGUUCAUAAAAUCCAGGAAGUAUGUGUUCAUAUAAUCCCACCAAUCGCAAUACUACAGGUUGUAUACACUGACGUAUACAUCACUUCGUCUAUUCAUCCAGUAUCACUUCUCCACCCCAGUUCUCUCUUCCUGUCAUAGGCCACAUCCACACUAAUAUGUUUUAUUUGAAAACGCAUUGAUUUCGCAAUGUUUACACCUCUCAUUCACACUGGAACAGUGUUUUCCUCCACCGAAAAAAGUCUCUCCGUUACCGCAUAACAAUGCAUUAGGAAACUGAAAACAGCUGAGUUUUCAAACUUAAACAUAUUAGUGUGAACAUGGCCAAAGUUAGAGUCCAGGGGUGAACUUCAACCUUGUACCAUUUUCCACAUCAUUCUUAUAUGAACAUGUAAACUUGUACAGUGAUGUAUUUUUAAUUUUUUUAAUAGUCUGCUUCUUUUUAAAUUGUUUGCCAAUGUGCAUGCUGAUAACCUGGGCAUUUAUCUUUGAUUCACUGUUAACUCUAUAAGCCAGAGGUCUGAGUUUGGCAUGGAGCAAACUGUGGUCCAUAUGGAGUCAGAACGUGCCCAGGACCAAGGUGACCCAGCAGAGCAGGGCGUACCGCUGCUUUUGGAAGCUGCAGACUUGAACAUACAGUUCUCAUGACACUUACUCAUACACAACUUUGACACACGGUCUUACUCCAUUUCUGGUUUUCAAACAUCACAUUAAUUCCAAUUAGCCACUGGCAUUCAUCUGGUCUGGUCUGGUCAAAUGCUUCUCUAUCAUCAAAUAAUUGGAUAGACACUGGUGUAAACUGUAAUUCUGGCUGGUAAAAUGCUUCUUUCCAUUCAAGCUUCUGAAGUGCUCUCCCUGUAUAAAAGCAUAUCCUAUCCACUCAGUAAUGUCCAUCAUGUACAAAACACUAAUUGUAUCUGAUCUGGUAUGACAGAAUGGAAAGAUAAUAAAAGAUUCAAACCAUGUGAGAUUCAACCAGCGUUGGGUGUAUCUGAUUACAAAGUAAUUAGUUACUCUAAUCUAUUUACUUUUAGUUAAAAAAAAAAAGAAACAUUACAUUUUCAAUUCUUGUAAUCAGAUUAGAGUUACUGACUUUCAAUUAAAGUAAUUACUUUAAGUACAUUACUUGCGCUAAAGUAAUAUGUACUGUCUAAUACAUUUAAAAUGUCUUUUAGCAUUUCUGUGACAGCUAAAGGGUGUGUGACAAUGAAUGAGGAGGAAAUAUAGAAAUUUUGAAUUUGAGCGGAAAACAAAAAUUCUAGGAAAAGUGAUUUAGAAAGUAACUUGAAAGUAAUAUAAUUAGUAAUGUGAUUACUUUUGAGAUGAAGUAAUCAGUAAAGUAAUCUAAUUUCAUUUUUAGAGAAGUAAUUAGUAAUUUGUAGUGAAAUACUUAUUUUGUGUAACUUACCCAACACUGGAUACAACACACAUGAUGGCAAAAAGCACAAUAGAUUAAAAAAAAAAAGUCAUUGUGCUCUAUGCACGAUCACUUUGGUGUUAAAAACAUAAAUUGGCAGGACAUUCUGCAAAAUGUUGUUUUAGUGCAAACUAAAAAUGAUCUUGUGAAUAUUUGACAAUAAAAUAUACUGCAAAAUGCUGUGAGAUCUCUGCUAAUGUUACACACCCACCUGUAUGUUAGUGUUCUUAACAUCCACUGAAUGUACAAAAUAAACAUGAUACACAAGUGAA